AUUUUGUAGACGAAGGGGGAAAGCCAGGUCCCAAUCUAACAUCAUCAGAUUCAUCACUUCAUGCUUCUCAGUGGUUGGAUUUCCGAAUUCACAUGGCAACAAUUUUGUAGACGACAGCAUCACUUGGACAACAGUAACGAGUGGAGCCUGUAGCAGGCUCGCAUUUUCUUCCCUCUUCAACAGAAAUCCAGAAAAACUUUCAGAUUGAAGAUGUCCCUGCCUGAACAAAAUCCAUCUACUCACCAGAAGAAGGUCGUUGUAGCUAAUAAACAUGGUGAAAAGCUAAUGGGCAUAUUGCAUGAAUCUGGAACUACGGACAUUGUAAUCUUGUGCCACGGAUUUCGAUCAUCAAAAGAAACUGAGGCCAUAGCAAACCUUGCUGCUGCAUUGGAAAAUGCAGGAAUCAGUUCUUUCCGCUUUGACUUUGCUGGAAAUGGGGAAAGUGAAGGUUCAUUUCAGUAUGGAAACUAUUGGGGGGAAGUUGAAGAUUUACAUGCUGUAGCUCAACACUUCUGUGGGGAAAAGCGAGCUGUCAAGGCAAUUGUUGGGCAUAGUAAAGGAGGUGGUGUGGUGCUUCUGUAUGCUUCAAGAUAUCGUGACAUCAAAACAGUUGUCAACCUCUCUGGUCGCUAUGAUCUGAAGACAGGUGUUGAAGAACGCCUAGGAAAAGAUUUUAUGGAAAGAGUCAAGAAGGAUGGAUUCAUUGAUGUGCACAAGUCAGGAAGCUUUCUUUUUCGUGUGACUGAGCAAAGUUUGAUGGAUCGGCUGAAUACAAAUAUGCAUGAAGCAUGUCUCCAGAUUGACAAGGGAUGCAGGGUGCUUACAGUUCAUGGUUCUGCUGAUGAUAUUGUGGGUGUUGAGAGUGCACACGAGUUUGCCAAGAUUAUACCUAACCAUAAGUUACAUAUCAUAGAAGGAGCUGAUCAUCCAUUCACACAGCAUCAAGAUGAACUAGCCUCUGUUGUUGUCAACUUCAUUAAGGAAUCCUUUGACCAGGACAAGGCUCCUACUAGCACAUGAACUUCUUCAUUUGUGUUACCAUCUCUCUUUUUAAUGAUAGAAUGGUACGAUAUUGAGCUAGCUUCUCUUGCUUCAGUGUGUGGAAUAACAGGGAGUAAUGGCCAAUAAUCUAUAUUUUAUAACAAGUAGAUGCUCAUACGCAUUGUCUUUCCCUCUAUUCUUAUUGAGGCAUGAUACUAAUUCAAUAAUAUAUCCUAUCUGUUUGAUCUAUAAAUGAAUCAACAAAAUCUUUUUAUUUGAA